UUCUUCUCACAUAGGCCAAAGAAAUUAAAAAGAACCCUACUACGGUAAAUUAGGCGACCAUCAUCCUCAUAAUGGGUCUACCGUCACUUGAAGACACCAUAAAAGAGAAGCUAAAGGACCGCAAAAACGCUCACUUCAUGUUGGUUGAUGGAAUGUCUAAGCUACUGACGGAAAAAGUUAACAAUUGUCAGUCAGUGGAUUUCCAAGUUUCUGGUAUUAAAUGGAGGUUGGUUAUACGCUUAUCUAGGGGAAGAAAAGACCAUCUAUCCUUUGUUCUGGAGAUCACAGAUGAAAAGUGUACCGGGUCUAAUUGGGAAGUCAAAUUCAACUUCAAAAUCGGCAUAGUCCCUCAGACUGGACCUGAUUAUUGCUUCGUUUUGGUGGGGCAUCAAAACGAAAAACAACGUAGUCAAGGGCUAGCCAACUUCAUAUCACACACUGAUUUGAAGGAGAGGUUUCUUGUGAACGACAAAGCGGGUUUCUAUGCCGAGAUAAGCGAUGUCCAACCAAACUUCCCCGUUACUCGUAUCCCUCGAACCAUGGGGACAGCAGAACGCUUUAAACUGAUAGAGUUUUCUCCGAGGAACUCCAGAUUCACCUGGAAGAUCACGCAGUUUUCCUCCUUUGAUGGUGAAGAGCAUUCUUCUUACGAGUUCACGGUUGGACCACGGAGAUGGAGACUAGUAAUGUACCCAAAAGGUUUUGGAGAUGGGAAAGGAAAUUCGUUGUCUUUGUAUUUGUUUGCAUCCGAUUACGUCACCAAUGGUCCUAAGGGUGGAACAUUGGCCAUCUACAAAUUGAGAGUGUUGGACCAACUCCAUCGCAAUCACUGUGAAACUGAUUGCAGAUAUUGGUUUCCUUAUAAUCCGGUUGAUCCAAUGGAUUCCUUAUGGGGACGUCACAAGUUUUUGCCGCUGGAGGAACUCCACAAUGCUUCGAAAGGAUUUCUAGUGAAUGAUCAGAUAUAUAUCGGUGUUGAUAUCUCAAUUGUAUCCACUACUGAGUAUCUCUGAUGCGCGCGCGUUAACAUAUUCGAUCAAGACCACAAGGAUGAAUAGCUCCUGGUGAACCUAUCUACCUAUAUUCUACCAUAUUGUGAUGUGUGUUUAGAUAUCAAUGAAUGAUACAAACAUGC